AAAUCAGCACAGUUUGUGUAAACUAUUGAAUAUUAAUUGCUUUUUAUGGUUUCUCCUCUGGGAUUAGGGAUGCCCUGAAGUAUCUCACUGAAGCUUUCCGGUCCACCAGUGAGGGAGAACUUGAUGAUAUAAUUGAAAAUGUCAUUGAUGCAGUUGAAAAACAGCCUUUGUCAUCCAAUAUGAUUGAGCAGCCCCUGGUGGAAGCAGCUGUCCAGGAAUGCAGCCGGGCCCCGGACGAGGCCAUAGAAAAUGUUUUCAACAUUAUUGGAGCCUUUGACAUCCCACGUUUUAUUUAUAAUUCAGAAAGAAAGAAGUUCCUGCCCCUGUCCAUGACUGACCUGCCUGGGCCGAGUUUGUUUGGGACUGCCAGGGACAAGGCAGAGCUGUACCGGGAGCGCUACUCCAUCCUCCAGCAGAGGACUCACAGACAUGAGCUGUUCACUCCUUCACCAGUUGUUGCUCAUCCUGAUGAUAGCAAGAGCAAAUUCCAGCUGAAGACAGUAGAAACUCUCUUGGGCAAUACAGCUAAAGUGGGAGAAGUGAUUGUGCUUGGGAUGAUCACUCAGCUCAAGGAGGGGAAAUUUUUCCUGGAAGACCCCACAGGAGUGGUCCAGCUAGACCUCAGUAAAGCACAGUUCCACAGUGGGCUGUACACUGAAUCCUGCUUUGUCCUGGCAGAAGGUUGGUAUGAAGAUGAAGUUUUUCAUGUGAACGCUUUUGGAUUUCCGCCCACUGAGCCUUCUGCUACCACGAGAGCCUUCUAUGGGAAUAUCAACUUCUUUGGAGGGCCUUCCUCAACUUCAGUAAAGGCUUCUGCAAAGCUGAAGCAGCUGGAGGAAGAGAAUGAAGAUGCCAUGUUUGUGUUUGUGUCUGAUGUGUGGCUGGACCAAGCAGAAGUGCUGGAAAAGCUUCACAUGAUGUUUUCAGGUUAUUCCUCUGCACCUCCCACCUGCUUUUUCUUCUGUGGGAAUUUUUCAUCGGCGCCAUAUGGCAAAAAUCAGAUCCAGUCCCUGAAAGGUUCUUUGAAGGCUCUGGCAGAUAUUAUAUGUGAAUAUCCCAGCAUCCAUAAAAGUAGUCGAUUUGUGUUUGUCCCUGGUCCUGAAGAUCCUGGGCCUGGUUCUAUUUUACCAAGACCCCCCCUGGCUGAAAAUAUCACUCAGGAAUUCAGACAGCUGGUGCCAUUUUCAGUUUUCACCACAAAUCCCUGCAGGAUUCAAUACUGCACCCAAGAAAUCAUCAUUUUUCGGGAGGAUUUGAUCAACAAAAUGUGCAGGAACUGUGUUCGCUUCCCCAGCAGCAACAUGGACAUUCCCAACCAUUUUGUGAAGACCAUUUUAUCACAGGGAUAAAUACUCCAAAUGUUUGAAACAAAGUGUUUAUGGGUUUUUUUUUUUCAGCUUGUAAAGACCAUUUUAUCACAGAGGGGAUAAAUGCUUCAAAUGUUUCAAACUAAUUGAGGGGGUUCUUUUUUUUUUUUUUUUUUUUUUUUUUUAGUUUGUAAAGACCAUUUUAUCCCAGGUGGGAUAAAUACUCCAGAUGUUUCAAACCAAGUAUUUGUGGUUUUUUUUUUUUUUGCAGUUUGUGAAGACCAUUAUAUCUCAGAGGAUAAGUGUAUCAUGUUUCAAACCAAAUCUUUGUGAUUUUUUUUUUUGCAGUUUGUGAAGACCAUUAUAUCUCAGGGGAUAAGUGUAUCAUGUUUCAAACCAAAUCUUUGUGAUUUAUUUUUUU